CAUGGACCGCGAGACGCGCCUGCUGGCCGAGCGCCACUUCCGAGGCCUCGGGGGCCGCGGGCCCGGCGGGGCCCGGCCGGCGCCGCGCCGCGUGGACUUCAUCGCCGAGCCGGGCGCCUUCUCGUACGCGGACUUCGUGCGGGGCCACCUGCUGCCCAACCGGCCGUGCGUCUUCUCCAGCGCCUUCACCGCGGGCUGGGGCUGCCGGCGCCGCUGGGUGACGCCCGCCGGCGCGCCCGACUGGGACUACCUGCUGCGCACCUACGGAGACGUGGUGGUCCCCGUGGCGAACUGCGGGCUCCGGGAAUACAACUCGAACCCCAAAGAACGCAUGCCGCUCAGGGACUACAUCGGCUACUGGAGAGGACACAUCGAGGCCGGCUACUCGUCUCCCCGGGGAUGCCUCUACCUCAAAGACUGGCAUCUGUGCAGGGACUCCUCAGCCAAGGAUGUGUUUACCCUGCCUGUGUACUUCUCGUCGGACUGGCUGAACGAGUACUGGGACACUCUGGACGUGGAUGACUACCGCUUCAUCUACAUGGGGCCCACUGGCAGCUGGUCGCCGUUCCACGCUGACAUCUUCCGCUCCUUCAGCUGGUCUGUCAACAUCUGUGGGAGGAAAAAAUGGAUCUUCUUCCCACCGGGGCAAGAAGAGGCCCUGCGGGAUUGCCACGGGAGCCUGCCCUACGAUGUCACCUCCCCCACGCUCCUCGACAGCCGCCUGUACCCCAGGCGUGAGCACUGUUGCCCCCCGUUGGAGGUCACGCAGGAGGCGGGUGAGAUGGUGUUUGUGCCCAGCGGCUGGCAUCACCAAGUCCACAACCUGGAAGACACGAUCUCCAUUAAUCACAACUGGGUCAACGGCUUCAACCUGGGCCACAUGUGGCACUUCCUGCAGCAGGAGCUCCGUGCCGUGCAGCAGGAAGUCAUCGAGUGGAAGGAGAGCAUGCCUGACUGGCACCACCACUGCCAGGUCAUUAUGAGGUCCUGUACUGGCAUCAAUUUCGAAGAAUUUUACCACUUCCUCAAGGUCAUUGCCGAAAGGAGGCUGAACAGCCUAACCAAGGGAAUGGAGCCUGGCCAGGCUGAGCACAGUGAGGACACUGGGGUGGGCCUCCAGCAGGCUGCUUUCGACAUCAGCCGCAUUGCUGAGGUCCUGGCUUCUGUGGUGACUCACCCCGACUUCCAGAGAGUGGACACCAGCGCAUUCGCACCACAGCCAGAGCAGCUUCUGCAGCAGCUGGAACAGGCUGUGGCCAGCACCGCAUCCCUGUAGGGACUGCCGUGGGGACCGGAGAGGGCGUUUGGGGGCAACAGUGUGGAUGGCGGCACGGGGCUCUGCUCUCAGCCCCACCCUCCCUGGUGGUGCGGAACACAGCACCUCUCUGCUGUGCCUUUGGCCUUGGCAUCCCAGGUACGACUCAUGCAUACGAUGGCUCAGACUCUCCUGGCUGUCCGUCUGUGUCCCUUUGUCCCAGAGCCUGUUUGGGGUACAGAUUCCUGUUGCUGGUUUGUUGAAUGUGGGGUGUUGUGGUGAGUUGGCCCUGCUGCAGGGACUUACCAGGACUCAGGAGUGGGCGCGCAUGCACCCCGGGCUUUCCUGGCAUUGUGGGCGUGCUGGAGAUCCUCGUUCGUGGGAUAGAGUCAGAUCUCAGAGAGCCAUACCUGUCUGUCACCCUAAACUCUUUUUUGUUGUUGUUGGGUUUGGUUUUGGGCCAUCUGAUGGUGCUCAGGGCUGACUCCUGUCUCUGCACUCAGGGAUUACCCCUAGUGGGCUUAGGGGACCAUAUGGGAUACCAGGGAUAUAAUCCAGAUUGGCAGUGUGCAAGGCAAGUGCCCUGUCCACUGUACAACUGCUUUGGCCCCAGUAACCUUAAACCCUGAGUCACGUACCUUUUCCCCAGAUCAGAAAUAAACAAGAAAAGAAAUGUUGUGUAGGUUCCUGGGAGCUUUCAAACUAGGGUAUCAGACAUAUAACAGCGUCUUUGGGGGAACAGGGGAGAAAAGUCUCUGUAGUAUAUCCAUUUGCUCAGAAUCUACUUUUGCUUUUUCUUUUCUGCAUUGUUUGUAAUUUGUCUUUUUUUUUUUCCACGUCCAAUUUCCCACACUUAAAAUGGGUAGAAUUAGUCUGGUCUUCAAAACUACUAUUUCCUAAUUGUUUUCUGAAAAAAGGAAACGUUAUUGGUGUUGAAGAAAUAGCAUAGCAAGUUGGGCACUUGCCUCACACAUGAGAACUUGGUUUCAUUCCCCAAUCCUUCGAAUGGUCUCCCAAGCCCCACCAGGAAUGAUCUCUGAGUG